AUGUCACUAUCUGAGUACCUCCAGGAAUUCCUUCCAAAGGACACCAGGUUUGACGUUCUACACGUCCAAUCGCAACCAAAAGUGGCUAAGAAUGUUGUGUGUGGUCUAAGUGAAGACUCUACGUGCAUAAAAAUCCAGCAUUUCAUCGUUCUGUAUUCUCAGAAAGUCCCAGUGAUUGGACUAGAGGUCCAUCGAUACGUGAUAAUUCAUAGAGAUCAUACGCAAUUGCUCUUAUUUGUAUCCAAAGCGGAUACUGCAGGCCUCAUCUCUGUUCCAUCGUUAAAGGUUGGUUUGGUUGUGAAGAGUUGUUUGAAGUUUAUUCUUCAAUUGGAUCUAGGACAAUGUUUGGGCAAAGUAUUGCCACGAUACCCCACGUUUGAAAGCGUCGAAAAAGUGGACACAGUGGCUGAUUCUCUCAAAUUUCUUGCUGACAUAUCAGCUGGAAGAGAAUCCUUCAACCCAAAGACGCAUUACGUUGGAUUCGAACCAAAGAAUCCAAUUAUUGCCCAAAUUUGCAUGUUCACUCGCCCUGAACCCCAGUAUCUCUUCCCCAACUCAGGAAAAAACCAUCUGAAGCAUCAACUAUCCGGUGAGAGUCUACUGAGAUGGUGGAUCCGUAUAAUUGACGAAUUGGUCACGGAAUUAGACUUCCACGGAAACACAAAGUUCAAAGUUACCAUUCCCGGAGCUGAAAAGUCAAGUAUACUAAAAUACUUGCCGAACGAGAAGUGGGAAGUUGGUGAUAUUUUUUCUUCCCAGGAGUCAGAUAUAGCCGUUUACAAGAUUCCUUUACUUCCAGAUGAUCCAAAAGGUAGAUUUCUAGAGCACUUGGUGGUAGAAGGGCGAGCUAAAUCUACGAGUAUCCAGCGAUUCUGGUUGGAGCUAAGUGCUAGACAGGAGUUCCGUUUAGGGAUCACUGUGGGGGUGAUUGGCGUUUCUGGAGAAUUGGGUGUACCUGCUCUUGAGAAAGUUAAAUACGAGGAGAUGGUGGUCUUUCGAAAGAAAAAGUUUCUUAAGCUGAAAUUGUUCGUGACAGGAGAAGAUUACUCAUCUGUGGAGGAGAUCAACUCUUUUAACGAUAUCAAGAACGUUUUUGGUGAUGAAGUAUUUUCUUCAAUAGUUGGAAGGAUGGAAAUACCUAGCCAGGAGUCGACUAUAUCUAAGCCUUCUAUUAGAGCUCCACCUUUAGUUAAUGACCUGACAUCCAUGAUUAGACGACGCAAAUAG